AUGACAGAUAACCCGAUGACCCAGGUCGAUGGUCCGUUCCUGGUGAGCCCUGUACAAGUGGGCGGAGCAUAGAGGUCGGUAUAAAAGAGGUCAGAGAGCCCACAGAACAUCAUCAGUCUGUACUCGACCACGACUACGACUACGACCAUGAACACUCUCAUUCUUCUGCUCGGACUUUGCUCCGUCGCUGCUGCUCAAUUCGGAGGAUACGGUGGACGCAGAGGAGGACCCGGCGGACCCGGCGGACCCGGUGGAUACAACGAAGGACAAGGAGGAGCGGGAGGAUUCCCCGAAGGACCCGGCGGAUUCCAAGGUGGAGCAGGAGGAGCCGGAAACGGAGCGGGAGAGCUCACUUACGAGGCGAAGGGACGACUUAUUUGCGGACUGACUGGAGUCGAUAAGGUUCGUUUGUGAUUUAAAUAGAAGAGUUCUUCUGAAUAUCUCUUUUUGCAGGUGCGCGUUGUGCUCUGGGAUCGUUUCCGUGGCCGCGAGAACAUCAUCUACGACGAGACGUACACCGACGUCGUUGGAAGUUUCCGUCUGCGCGCCAAUCGCAACGGCUUCGACGGCAAUCUCAUUCAGCCGUUCCUCACCAUCUAUCACGACUGCGACGACGCGGCGACUCCGGGACUCCGCAAGAUGACCGUCCAGUUGCCUCCGCAGUACACCAACCAGGGAGCACUCGUUUUGAAGUCGUUCGACAUCGGAACCUGGAAUCUGGAGACGUCGUUCGCCGGAGAAGAGCUCGAAAUUCAGGGAGGAGGACUCGGCGGACGGCCGAUCGGAGGUUCUUUCCAGCAGGGAAACCGCGGGCAGUUCGGAGGCAACAGAGAGAUCUUCGCGCACGGAGGCAGAAAUGACUUCGGAGGAGAGUCGUCCAUCACUGUCUGA